AUGGAUUCGGACAUGAGUUCACUGCCCAAACUCCCGUCCAUGCUGGCCCAGGGUAGCGUAGAGCCUUUGAAGUUCUUUAUGGGAAAUUUGAGAGCAACGAAACCGCCCAGUAUCAACGACUCUCAGCCAAAUAUUCAGCGAACAUAUGGUACAUCGUCAGCACGAUAUAUGAAGAGCGCGAAGGCUUCCUUGGCUUCAUUGUGGCCCACUGUCGCCUUCCUUGUAUGCGUUUCCUUGCUAUUAUUUUCACUUUGCGGCGGUGUUCGAAGGGUCUAUAGCGGUGCGACGGUGCGGAAACUUGCAGAUGGCGGCAGCGGUGAAGGAUCAGGUUCCGGGGGAAACCCGUUUUUUGUUGAAGGCGACUGGAUUGCUCUCGAUGCGGAUGAGCUCGCGUCGCUGUGCAGUGCAUUGGGGGAGUGGGCGCCUUCGUCUGCCCCUCAGAGCGCUUCAACCCCUCCGCUUCGUAUGCCAGAGGUAGCUUCAACGUCGAGGGAACAUACGGGCGAACACAGUUUGCAGACUAUCAGGACGCCAGGAGAUUUGUCUGGGGCGUCGUCAAGUGAGCAGCAGCACCAAGCGGUCGGAUCGACGCAGCGUCGACGCAGACUUUUUCCACAGGGAGAUUCGGAUGGAUGGGAGCCGAGUCCUAAGAAGUCCGGUUGGCUUACGCAUGAUAGCUCGGUAGUGGCAGGUGCCGAAGGUCCGAGAAGUGCUGUGCAUCCACUCCCCGAGGCUGGUCAGCAAACACCAGGCACCCCUUCUGUGGGUUUGAAUCGUAUAGGUUUUCCAGCCGUAUUUGUUCACCAGCAAGGGCUAGCAGCUUCGACGGCAUAUACCAAGGGUUCAGAGCAAAUGCAACCGGUGGAACGGCCAGUAUUACUGCGGUCCACAACUAUCUCUCCAGAUGCCCCCUCUGCUACGCCUGUGGGAAGCAGCCUUCCUGCCGAAGUCUCCGGAGACUCCAAACAAGCUUCGGUUUCCCAUAGAGUAUCGGUGCCUGCGACCCAAAGUGGUUCAUUGGCCUCAGCGGGACCUUCGCCAAAACGCUCGAACGAGGCGUCACUGCAACUAGCAGCUCCUCAGGAGUUAUCCGUGUCAGAAGUGUCCAACGCCUUAGGUACUAAGCACCCUUUUGUUCGGACGCCCACUCUACUGCCAUGUGUGGCAAUCUCAGACAUAGAAGAGGACGUUCCGGAAUGUUGGAUAUCAGGAGAACCCGUAGUUUUCCUAUUUAGGAAGGCCAGAAUUUUGUCUCUAAAGCCGGCCCUCGACCUUGCUGAAGCAAAUGAACUUGUCCGGCUCGCUGUCAGCUUAGCGCAGCGAGCUUUGUCAUCUAUGACUACCCCGAUGUCCGACCAAAGAGCAUCUGUGGCUGCAGAAUCUUUAGGACGCCGUUUUUUGGUUUUCGACUUAUUUCGUAAAGUUUUGAAGCUUACGCAAAACGCCAAACCGGGUUUGAUGAGGCUGUGGCAAAAUCUUGUUGCGGAAAUUCCAACGGAUUAUGAGCGCGCUGGUUGGGGUAUGUACCUUGACAAGCAUAGGUUCCAGCAUCAGCUGGCAAAUCAGCUAAGCGCAGCACUGGAAUUGUACAAGAGUGGAUCUGAGCCUUCGGAGACCGAAGUACUCGAUAUCAAACGCAAGUUGUUUUGCAUGGCAUUCUCUCCUCGCCAGUUCCUUGGAGAUGCUUGGCAUCCGUGGAGAGAGGAUGAUGAGCAAUUUAAAUGA